AUCAGUUUCCAAAGGUUACAAAAAUAAUCUCAUUGCAAAAUUUCUCGUGUAUUAUAACAUAUUCCAAAACACAAGAGAAUAUGCAUCAAACAAGUCCAAAAUGUAAUGUAAAACUAUGUUCGAACAACGAUGUUCCACCAUCGUCGGUAAUUCGCGCUUGCCUUGGUCCUUCCUUGGCACAGGUGUUUUUUGAUUAUACUCAUCAUGAUACGAUAAAACUAUUGGACGUACUAACACCAUUAAAAACAUCAAAAGCAUGUUUCUCAAUUCCAUCUGAGCGUCAAUUAUCCGAAUGUAGAUUCAUACCGCCGACAGAUCAUCAAAUCGUAAAGGCAUUUGUGCAUCAGAAUAUAUUAGAAAUAGGCGAAGCUUUAUUAGAACGUGUGAAAAAGGAUAUCGAGGAGAGUCUAAGGGACAAAAUAGAGAGGCAAUCACGAGAGAAAUUUCAUCUGUAUCAAGCAAAGAAAAGGCGAGAAGCUGAGUUGCACGCGGAACAGCUGCACGAGAAAUACGAAAAUUAUAUUGAGACUGUCCAGCACGAGUUACAGAAACAGCUUGAAGUAGAAUGGUCUCAAGCAGCAGCAGAAUGUGCCAAAAACAUUCAAAAAGCAGUUGUGCAAGAACGAAUAAAUGUGACCAACGAAAUGAUGCGCAAGAUGCGUGCGGAAAUGACUCAUGUUGUACAAUCGUUAUAUAAAGACUUUGAAGAAUUGUUUUGCGCCAAAAGGGACAACAUAAUCGCCGACUUUAAUCAAAUAAUGAGGGGAAAGCACGUGAAAUUAAAGAAAGAAAUGCAGGAAUUCAAAGAGAAAGUGAACAGAGAUCUGUAUAUUCAGAGGCGUCAAUUUGAAAUGCAAAAUACCGCAGAUUUGAUCUAUGCCCUUUGUCUGGAACGAUUACGAAAUAAUAGAGAAAAGCAUAUCAUGCAUAAAUACUUUCAGCAACAAAUCAACGAAUUUUAUGAAUUAAUAGUCCGUUUGAAAGAUGUGAUUAUUGCCAUGAGGAAAGAAAUUAUCGAUUGUCAUAUAGAGAAGAAGUUAUUAAAUGAAGAAUUCUGUGAAGUUGCCAAACAUUUUCAGAAGUUUAUUGAUUUUGUAUUUCGUGCUAUGCCGAGGCAAGCAGAUUAUUUGUUACCGUUAGAAUUACAACGGGUAAUUAGGCCAGACAAAGAUAAAGAAGAAAUGCAAAAAAUAGUCGAAUAACAUUUAAUGGCAUGCACUGUUAUCGAAGUAUUGUUAAGUGCAAUAUGUUGUUGAUUAAAUAAGUAUCUCUUUUGAAAAUAAAAAAGUGCAAACUUAAAGAUAUUGUAAAUAAAUAUGAAUUGAUGUGUAAAGAAAAAAAAAAAAUGCUGAAAAGAAAUACUAAAUGUAGCAAAAAUGUAAAAUAUUGUGAUUUACAUAUCAAUGCAAGAAAAUUGUCUAUUAUUUGUAAAAGCCAGAAACUAAAAAGUAGAUAAAGAAAUUAGAAUUAAUGAUAAAGAAAUCAGAAUAAAUCAUAAAGAAAAACAUUCACUCGCAAAAACUGCGCUAUUUUAUAAAAAUAUAAUUGAUAAAAAGGUUUCAUGAAACACUUGGAAGCAAAAAUGUACC